ACCAUAAUUUUCCAAAAUAAAAUUAUAUAUUUACGAACUUGUUUUGCAAUUUGCAUUCUGCAGUGGGAAGAGACAACCUUCAGCCAGAGCUCAGAGUCUUAUAAAACCUCUCGCUUCGUUUUUCUCUUAUCUCCGUUACUUUUUUUUGGCCUGACUCUUAUCUCCAUUACAAGCCUAUAAAUAAUAGGAGACACCUCCUUCCAGAUUGACUUUGCCAGUGUGCGUGUGUACGUGUAUGAGUGUCUGAAGCAGAGAAAUGAAGAAAAUUUCAUUAGCUCUUCUUCUGGCCAUUAUAAUCCAUCAGAGCUCUGUCCACGUGCUUGUGGAUGCAGGGGAUGGCUUCGUCAGAACCAGAGGCACCCAUUUUCUGUUGAAUGGAUACCCUUUCUACGCAAAUGGCUUCAAUGCGUACUGGCUGAUGUACGUAGCCUCAGACCCAUCUCAAAGGUUCAAAGUCUCUGCUGCUUUCCGUGAAGCCACCAGUCAUGGCCUUACCAUCGCAAGAACUUGGGCAUUCAGUGAUGGAGGUUACAGACCCUUGCAGUAUUCGCCUGGUUUCUAUAAUGAGCAAAUGUUCAAGGGGCUAGAUUUCGUUAUAGCAGAGGCUAGGAAGCACGGGAUCAAGCUUAUAUUGAGUUUCGUGAACAAUUAUGAGAGUUUUGGAGGGAAGAAGCAGUAUGUGAACUGGGCUAGAAGUAAAGGACAGUACCUAACUUCAGAUGAUGAUUUCUUCAGAAGCCCUGUUGUUAAGGGUUACUACAGGAACCAUGUCAAGACUGUUAUUAACAGAUUAAACAGCUUCACUGGAAUUCAUUACAAAGACGACCCAACAAUCAUGGCGUGGGAGCUGAUGAAUGAGCCCAGAUGCACGUCAGAUCCUUCUGGAAGGACUAUCCAGGCCUGGAUAGCGGAAAUGGCUUCGUUUGUGAAGUCCAUGGACAGAAAACACUUACUGGAAGCGGGUUUAGAAGGAUUUUAUGGACAAUCAACACCUCAGAGAAAGAGAAUGAAUCCAGGUUUUGAUAUAGGGACCGACUUCAUUGCAAAUAAUCGGAUCCCUGCCAUUGACUUCGCCACAGUUCACUGUUAUCCUGACCAAUGGUUAGCCAGCACCAAUGAUCAAUAUCAGCUUUCGUUCGUGAAUAACUGGCUCGAUGCACACUUCUUAGAUGCUCAGUACGCUCUCCGGAAGCCAAUUCUUGUAGCAGAAUUCGGAAAAUCAUGGAAAGAUGCGGGUUACAACACUUACAAGAGAGAUCAGAUUUUCAAUAGUGUGUACUACAAGAUAUAUGCUUCUGCUAAAAGGGGUGGGCCAGCGGGGGGAGCCAUGUUCUGGCAGCUUCUUACCGAAGGUAUGGAGUCUUUUCAAGAUGGGUAUGGGGUAAUGCUAGGCCAGAGUUCUUCCACAGCAAAUGUUAUUGCUCAGCAAUCUCACAAGUUAUACCAACUUCGGAAGAUAUUUGCCAGAAUGAGGAACAUGCACAGAUGGAAGAGGGCAAGACCAAAAAGAGGAGUUCCAGGACACAGAGGAAGGCAAAUUGGCAACUGAAGUGGCCUGACUGAACCACGUAAACUAAUCUUAUUUGUGCUUGAGAAAUUUUAGUUUUAAUGUUUCCUAAACUAGUUUCUCUUUUAGAGAUGAAUGUCUUUUUUCGUCCAGGAGGACAUGCUCUGUCCCCUUUAAGACAGCCUUUAACAUUUUGUUUGACAACAUUGAGAGUAAAUCACUCCAGCUUUGCUUUCA